CGAAUUAUACGGCACUAUUUUCUUUCUCGUAAUCGUCGUUCGAAUAAAUGACACGCAAUAGCGAGGAACCAAUAAAAAACGACGCGCAAAUACAGGAGUUUUAUAAAUCAAGUGCAUAACAUACAAACGUUGUGGUGUAAUAUGACUCUUUCAUUUCCUAAAAUCGCAAAGUUCGGAAACAGUGCAGUGUAGCGCGCAAAAUUGAUUGUUUUGAUGUCGCACGAAGGCAUGGGCAUGGACCACGGCGUGACUUCCAUGCCCUGCGUUCCUACGGAAGGGCGUGCGGAUUACGUUUACUAUGAAUGAUUUUAUCUUUAUCUCUUUCUAAACUCGUGUAUCUGUGAAUGACCGAGUGUAAUAGCGAGCGUACAAAAUUAUGGAUUUGAAAAGCGUUUGUUAUUGUAUUUCGGUUCGCACGGCAUCGCAGUGUAUUAUCGUCCGUUAUCUCGAGCGUAAAUCUGUGGUGUGGUGGGUUUAACGCUGGAGGCGGACGGCGGGCGCUCGCAGGGCGCCCACAGGCCUGGCCCGUGCGCGGAAUAGUUACGAGUUUACUAUUUACGCACUAUUCAAAAGAGAUAGUACGUAUUUUUAGUCGCGACGGCACAGACUAGUGACUUUCAUCAGUGCGUAAACAACUUCAAGGUUAUUAGCUGCGUCUGGCACCCUGAUGCGCUGAGAUGGCGGCGAGCGACGGUGCCGUAGUGCGGCAGGGCCACCUCUACAAGCUGAAGACCAUGAAGAAGAAAUACUUCGUGUUGCGCGCCGAGACGCCCGUGAGCUCCGCGCGCCUGGAGUACUACGAGUCGGAGAAGAAGUUCCGCUCAGGGUCCAACCCUAGGCGCGUGCUGCCCCUCAAGAGUUGCUACAACAUAACUCGCAGACUGGACUUGAAGCAGAAGCAUGUGAUCGCUCUGUUCACCAAGGAGGAACAACUGUGCAUAGUGGCUGACAAUGAAGUGGAGCUUCACGCAUGGCUGGCAGCCAUCCUCAAGCUGUUCCGCAGAGAUGACACCAGUGAUGACUUACUCCAUCCAAUACAACACGUGUGGCAAGUGAACGUGCAGAAGAAGGGCCUGGGCGCGUCCAAGAACAUCCAGGGCCUCUACAACCUGUGCCUCACUGACAAGACUCUCACUCUGGUGAAGAUCAAGAGCCACAACAACUUCAUCUGCGACCUGGGCAUACCCGAGCGGGUGGAGUACUCCUUGAAGAAUAUCAGACGGUGCGGCGACUCCGAGUGUUUCUUCUACAUGGAGGUGGGGCGGCAGACGGUGACGGGCGCGGGCGAGCUGUGGAUGCACUCUGAGGACUCCAACAUCGCGCAGAGCAUGCACUCCACUAUCCUGCUAGCAAUGAAAAACUGUGCAAAGGAGAACGAAAACGAACGCGACCACAUAGUGGUGCCCGCAAAGAGUUCACUGCUGGACGGAUCGAACCCACUGCCCGCGCGCCGACAGACUAUCUCGGAGGGCAAAGGCCGCUCCGGCCUCUACAACGAGAAGGGCCUGUGUAUGGGCUCGUGUAUCAGGCAAUGCGUGUGCUCGGCCACGCGCUCCAUUGACGACUCGGCCGCGGCGGUCGCGCCCAUGACGCCGACGCACGCCGAAAACCAACCGCCGAAUAACACACUAACGAACGAGAAAACCGACAAACUAGUGAGGGGGAACACGCACCAACGUUCCGAUUCGCUACCUAGCGGCUGCUCGUUGUUCCAAGAGCCGUUGAAGAUUCACCACGGGAGGACGUACUCCGCUCCUUUGACGGGGGACGAGUUAGAUAGAGCCAUUUUAGAGAAAACCGCAAUGCAUUCGUCGUGUAAAGCCGUCAAUGGAAUGGAUCUGUCGUCGAAGAAAACGCCGUGGAGUCGACGCGCCAGCACUGGUACACGAUUGUCGAAAUUGUCGCCGGCGCAUACGAAGAAUUCGAGCACAUUACGCAAGCGCUGUGAGACGAUGCCGUCGAGAGCCUCGUCCUUCGACACCGACCGACCGCCUCCUCGGGACACUGAGCUUGAUGGUAUGGGCUCGUCGCGCGACGACAUCGACUCGAUGUCGGAGUGGUACCGCACGCCGCGGAUACCCGAGGAGCCCGACUGCUGUGACGUCGUCUCCAAGGACUUUAUGAGCUUAAAUUUUAUCAGCACGACGCGUGGCAGCUCCAUAGCGCACUCGCGCACGUCAUCCGUCGGCGCCGACGAGCCCGACGCGCCCGACGGCUACCUGCCCAUGGCGCCGGGCCACGAGCCCUUCGGCCUGGUGUCCUCCAGCGGCUCCGUGUGCAGCGGCACGCCCUCCACCGACCCGCGCUUCAGCGAGUACCAGCUGGAGCCCGCCACGUCGCACCUGUCGGACCUGCGCUCGACGCGCGCCUACAGCGUGGGCUCGCGGCCCGCCAGCGCGCGCGCGGAGCCGGCGCGCCUGCGCGCGUACAGUGCGGGCGCGAGACGCCGCCCGCCGCCGCCCGCGCCCGCGCCCGCGCCGCGCGCCUCCGCCGACGACCUCAUGGAGCUGGACUUCUCCUCCAACUCGCCGGCGCCUAAGACCGAAGUGUUUGGUCACUACCAGGUGAUACUAGCUCGGACGCCGCCGGCGGCGGGUUUCAUGGAGCCCAAGCGCGCCAACGCGGACGAGUAUGUCGACAUGUCUCCGCGCGCCGCUCCCGCCCCGGCGCCCGCGCACGCCGCCGCCGGCUACGUGGAGAUGCGGCCCGGCGACCUGCCGCCGCCGUCGACGACCGCCGGCGCGUCGGCCGCCUCCACGCCCGACGGCUACGUCGAAAUGACGUGCGGCCGCGCGCCCACGCGACCCAUCGCGAUAGCUACUCCUCGACAGCCACCGCCGCAAGUUGCAAAUUCCCCAGACGACAGACGGAGACGAAGGGAACCGCGAGCGCACCACGGCUCGCAAACCCUGUUCCACAUGUCACCCUCAUCACCUCCGGAAACGGAUAUCACCGACCUAGAAGACGACCACCACUACUUGACGACUGUCCGGGAGAUAUCGGAAGACGGCCGGAAGAGUCCGGACAGCCGCGCGGAUUCCGGAGAAGUUUCCUCGUCGCCGCAGUACGUCAAGCUGGCGAGGGGCAUCCCCAUCAGCAACAAAUCGCCGGAACCCGAAGAACUACCGAACAACCCCACUGCCACUAAGACUAUUAUGAGGCCGGAGGAUGUGAGAGAUGCGGUGGCGGGCGCGUUGCCGACGGGUGCGGCGGGCGGCCUGCACUACGCGGCGCUGGACCUGGAGCCGCGCCGCGCGCCGCUCGCCGCCGAGCACCGCAUGUACACGGAGAUAGACUUCACCCUCAGCGAGAAGUUCGCGCCCGACGCCACCUAGCCGCCCUAGCUGUUAGAUAAGUUUAAGUGAUAAGAGAUAUCAAUCAGCACGCGGCUCCGCGCCGCCCGCCGCGGAACAUCCACGGUAACGGACUAACGAACUACACUCAAUUGUUGUAUACUUACAUGUAUAUAAUAACCAACUAAACUAAAUUA